AAGUGACUAUAAAUUUCAAUCCGACAAUUUCACCAGAAAUGUUCACUAACUCAUUCAAAAUCCGCACCAAGUCAUGCAGAAAACCUCAAGCUUCUUCCAAACAAAUAAUUCGUCAUUAAAUACCUUAUUCUUAUUCUUCCAAACCAAUCCUUCAUACACCUGUUCCAAACCGUUCAAAAGAAAAUAUUUCUCAAUGCAAAAAUAUUACAGGUUUUAAGAUUCAGAGUAAUAAACACCCUAGAGACAUCUCUAACAAAAGUGUUACCAAAGGCCUCACUAAAAACACCCGAAAAACACUUAGUGACCUUAUUUCAUGAAUGACUACAGACCCCAAGAGACAUGGGAGGAACUUAAGCCAGACCAAAAAUCCAAUGUUAAGUAGGAGAGUAAAUACCUCAGUGCUCAAGCUCAAGAGCCCACAAAAACUAGCAAGCAAGAAAAAUAUCAGAAAAGAAGUACAAAAUAAGUCGCAGAUCAGACCUUCUUUCUUUUUGGGAAAGGAAAGCUGAGAUAAAGAUAAUGAACAAAAGAAUGAUUCAGAAGAAGCGGAGGGAGCUAUUAGUCACUUAAAGGCCUCAAAAGAACAGAUUGAGAAAGAUUUCGAUCGUUUUUAUAAGGAUAAGCCAUCCGAAAAGAAGCAGAUAAUGAACUUAAGCAAGCUAGUCAAGCACAACAUGAAAGUUUUCAGGAAAUAGACUGGAGUAUCUUAAUUAUGACGAAUUUAUUUCCUCUAAACCAUCCCCAGAUCUUUUUGAGAAGAGUUUGAAAAGGCUAAGAAGAGGAAACAAUUAUGGACUCAGAAAUAUGCAUGAGAAUCUAAAAAAAGUAGAACACUCAACAAGACAGAUAUAAAGCAAAAGACCAAAGAUAGAAAGUCACAACAAGAAUUGACCCAUUUUCCUGUGGUUAAAGAUGACCUCAAAUUAGCAAUGAAGAUCUCAAAAUUUGAGAAACUUAGGAAGUCCAACAAUCAUUCUAGCGCUUUAAGUAAGAGAGAGGUCAUCAAGGUUUUUCAGAAGCCUAAAAUGAGGCCUUCUAACUCAAGAUUCCAACUGGAACCUCUAUUCUCAAAAUCAGAUUUGUAAUUGAUAUAUUCCUGAUAAGGUUUGAGGUAUGCUCUGAUUCCUUCUUUUGUUAGAGAAAGAAACCUAAGUUUGCCAGAUAAGGAGAAUUAACUUC